AUGUCACGAGGUUUGAAUGCAGAGCAACAAGGAUUGCUUGGACGCACUUGGUCGUGGAUCACGCGUUGCGGGCCUCCUACCGGUACCACUACAUUAUCCCCAUCUCCUUCGCCAACUACGGAACCCCCCACACCCUCUCCUCCUCCUACAGAACUCCACAACUGCACCGAAGCCCCAACGACUUCUCCUCCCACUGCGGAACCUCCAACCACCCCUCCUCCUACUACAGCACCCCCCACAACCCCUCCUCCUACAACCCAACCUCCAACGACGCCUCCUCCCACUACGGAACCUCCAACGACUGAUCCUCCCACUACGGAACCCCCCACAACCCCUCCUCCUACAACCCAACCCCCCACGACGCCUCCACCUACAACCCAACCCCCCACGACUCCUCCUCCUACCACGGCACCCCCCACGACGCCUCCUCCUACAACCCAAACCCCGACUGGUCCUCCUACAUGUGCACCCUUUGACUCUUUCACUACUAGAGAAGAGCUACAGGACGCCAUUACACAAGUCAGCGAUCGUGGCAAUGUAGACGACAGCACAUUGCCAGUUUUUUGUAAAUACGGACAUCCCAUGGGUACUUGGAAUGUUUCUAGAGUCACGUCCUUCCAUAGCAUCUUUCUAGGCUACAGAGGGUUCAGUUACAAUCUGAAUGGGUGGGACACUAAGCAGGUCACAAACUUGGACACCACAUUUGGAGACGGGAGCUUCAAUGGUGCAGUUGAUCAAUGGGAUACCAGCAAUGUGAUUGAGAUGGGUCGGAUGUUCCAAGGUAACGGAUUGUUUUCCGGGGAUUUAUCCCGUUGGGCGACGGGCAAGGUAACUGGCAUGAAAUCCAUGAUGCAAGGAAAUAGAAAAACUAUGGAAGAUUUGGUGGCCUGGGAUGUCUCAAAAGUCCAUGACUUUUGGGGCACCUUCGCAAGUUCCGGCAUUACUGCCAACAUUGGCGGUUGGGAUGUUGGGAAUGGCAAGGUGUUCAAAGAGACUUUCGAUCACGCUCGCGGGUUUAAUAUUGAUAUUAGCAGAUGGGACACCAAGAACAUGGAGACCGCAGAAUAUAUGUUCAGGGCAACGCCAUUCAAUCAACCGAUUGGCGCUUGGGAUACAUCCAAGUUGUACUCCACUAUUGCAAUGUUCGCCAAUACACCGUUCGACCAGGACCUUUGCAACUGGGAUGUCAGACGCGUACUAUAUGCUCAAGAAAUGUUUGUGGAUAGUGCCAUGACUCAUGAUCUCUCCUGCUGGUGCUUUGAGAGUUUGAUUUACGGAGCAGGGAUGUUCUGGUUUGCCAGAAACUACAAUCACGACCUUUGCGCUUGGAGACGAUGCUUGCCCAGCUAUACCAAUUGGAACGUGACCGUCUUCAACCAACUUGACCAUCUCAUCUUUACCAACACAAUGUGCCCUCAACCUUUCAUACCCAACAAUAAUAACGUUGAUGGUCCGUUCUGUCAUGCCUGUCUCCCAUUGCCUUAG